AUGCCUUUAAGCGGAGAGUACGGCAACAUCUUGCUUAGUGGCGUUGGAUUCUCCACAGUCUCCGUACGCGGGUCGACUCUCGCAAUCUCCGCUUUUCAAGGAGCGAUCUCGUUUCCAGCCGAUCGAGACUCUCAUUCCCAAAUUGCGGAGUCCCUCGACGGCACAAUGGACAUACGACAGAUGAUGAAUCCUGCAACACCACCCCCACCGCGCCGUGAGCUCCCCAAGAACCAGGCGCCAGAAGACCCCCGACAACCCGCGGCGGCGGCAGCGAAUCCGCCCGGAACCGCUCGCUCGGACGAAGAACAACAACAACAGCAGACACCGGCACGUGAAGCCACCCGCUGCCUCUGCAUCCCCUGCAUUCUCAACUACCUUGGCUGCUACAUCCACCCGGUCUCCGAGCGGCAAUACUACCCCGAGCUGCAGGGCUUCUCGCGCGAGGACCAACUCGACAUCGCGUUUGAGUGGUACUGGAUCGCCGUCGAGCGGGAAACCGACGUGCUGCAAUACCUGUACGGGACCGCGAGCUUUUAA